CAGUUACAGGGAAAGGAAAGUAGGCGUGUAGUUCUCGUCACCUUGUCUCCGGAAAACGAAACUUAUUCGAAUGUAUUGGUAUGUAUUCAGCACAGAUUGUUCAGUACGGACUACGCAGACACUGAUAUGGCAGCUAAAUGAGUCGGUAAACCGAUAGGGUUCAUCAUGAAGAAGUGCCCUGCUUGUGGUCACAUGCUGGCAGAAUCUUUUAAAUUCUGCUGUGACUGUGGAUUUAAGUUACCUGUCCAAUCCCAAGUUUGCACCUCAGGUAACCUCCAGGUAACCACUGCAGAGCAUUACACCUCUGCGGUCAGUGAAGCAGAGCCUCAGCAUGAGAAUGAGCCACUGACAUUGUCCGCGAACAAAACUGACACACCUCUAAAACACUCCAGGGAUGAUCCAACGGGCAAGGUCAAGAAAAAGAGUGAAGACUCCCUCAGCAACACAGAGCUGACAACAGACACACAUCAGGAAGAGGAGACGUCUGGGAGUGAGAGCUGUGCAGCGGUUGAUGUUCCCCCUACAGGAACUCCACCUAAGAACACUGCCACUCCAACCGUACCCUCCAAACUUCCAACCUCUCUUAUCCCAUCCCCAUAUCAGACAACCACGGAAGACCAACCCGAGGGUCCAUCAAAGGUAAAUGAAAGUGAACCGCUGGACGAGUCAAACACAAGCCAAACCCAACCUAGUUCAGUAAAACAAGACUUGCCUGAGAAGACUGCCUCAUCCACACAUGAGACAACAGAUCAGAACACAGGACCUGCCUCAGUCCCAACUCAACCAGUAAGACAGCUGUCAUAUAAAGAAGCUUUGAUGGGAGAAACCACAGAGACAAGAACAGUAAAGAGGAAGCAGAGCGUGGAGAAUCAAGACAAGAGGCUUCCAAGCAAACAUAAGGAACCAGAGAAGCAGAGUGAUUAUGGUGGUGGUGAUGCUUCUAAGUCAUCUACUGCUGAUUCCCCACCUGCAAAGGAAGAUAGUCCACCAAACCACAGCAAUGACGAAGACUUCCAGCAGGUGGAAUCCCCCAAAAAUAAGGACAAGCAAAAAAAGCCAACCCAAAUGAGCCCUGAAGGGAGCAAGGAAGCUGGAGUCAUGAAUGAACAACAGACAUCCAGUAACCAGAGUGACAAGUGUACCAAGGAUGAAGCAAACUCACAGCCGUGUGUUGACCAAUCCCAAGUAUCAACUGAUGACCCAACAGAUAAGUCAAACACAAGCCAAGAAGAAACAAAGAACGAAAACACAGAAAAGCAGUCACAGCCUCCCCAAUUCCCAACUGAUGUGCAUCAUGUUUCUGGUAAGGAUAACCUUACCAUUUAUUUUCACGCUGUUGUAUCCAAGCAUUUCAAGUUGGACCCAUCAAAAGACAGCGUUUUUUUGAGAUCGGGAAGUCUUUUUGAGACCUGGAAUACAAAUGGUUUGAAAAUGGAAAUCACAAGGAAUUUAGGAGAGAAUGGAUUUCUUGUUGAAGGACGAAUGGUGACUCCUAAAAAAAAUGUUGGUGUCUCCAUACCUUACAAGUAUGUUGUCUGCAAGAGAAAAGACAACUCAUAUGAGUAUAAAUAUGAGCACAUCUACCUAAAGGAUGCAAAGCAACAUGUCAACAGGUGCCUGUUCGUCAAAGAGGAUCUUUUGACACAUGACGGGGAGUGGCACCAAUAUGAUGAUAUCAUACGCAUAGAACCUGACCAAAGUUGGAUAUCACGCUUCAUAAACAAGCUUGCAUGGUGGAAUGACUACAAGGAAAAGGUAGUGAUGGGCAGACAGCUGGCUGGAAAGAUGAUGCUGGAAAACAUGUUUAAUCUCCUUCAAACAUGGAGUGACGUGAACAUUAGGAACUUCUUUACUCAACUCCAGCAGUUCUUCACCAAUUACAAAUCCCCCUUCCUCCAUAUGGAUGCUCCAAAGAAAUGGGAUCUGCCGUAUGGAGAAGAACAGGUGAAAACCCUUUUGAAAGAGUUCAUGCAGCAAGCUUUAGAUGGUGGGAACCAAAAGGGGAAUGAGAAGCGUGAGGAUUUUUUCUCUGAUCCUCUAAAAUUAGGAGUUAUUAUCCUGGUUGUCCACAUCAAUUACAGUUUAGAUUUCAGUGGACAUAUUUCUAAACUGUGUGAGUUACUCUGCCUGCCUAAAAAGCCAAGAGAAGUUUUCCUUGCAUACUGGACAGAUUUCAAACAAGGGCUACCAGGUGACAUCAGAGUUUCGGAGGCAAUUGAGACUCUAUUCAACGUUGCAAGAAAACAUGGAGUUGAAAAGUGGAUCUUGGUUAUCCCCCUCCUGCAUCUGUUUAGAGGGGACAGCAAACCUUAUGAGGCUGCUCCUCUGACCAUGAAUCCAAAAUGUGAUAUCUGGGCGGGAUUGAAAGGGAUCAAAACAUCAGAUGGCUACACAGACUCGAUGUUUGAAACACAGGGAUUGAGGGAUCCCAUCCAAAUCAUGGAAAAACACAAGCACCUUGUGGCGAUGGACUGUCUCGUUACUCGCUCUUGGAUGUGUCUGUUGGGGCUGGAUAACUUGUUCAACUAUGCAUCAAUCAUCCCUCUUGAUGUCUUGGACACACUUCAACACCUCCAGUUUAGUCUGACUUCCGGGGAGAACUAUAAAUAUGAGGCUGUGAAGGACUUGUUGUCACGGCUCGUCAGCAGAGUUAAGGAACAACAGCACAGCCAUGACGACAGAUAUGGAGACUUUUGCCUUAAAGCAGCUGUGAGCCUUCUGGAGACCAUUUGUAAGAAUAUGAAAAGUAAUUUGAACCAUGAGAUUCAUUUGGUUUGCCUGGAUCUUGUCAGUCUGAUUGCAGAAACGGCCUUCCAUCUCCAGACAAAGGAAGUGACAAAUAUCCUUUUGGAAAACACGCGCAAAGAGGAGUUAAAGGAGACCAUGGCCAUCAUAAAGGAAUGGCUGCGAAUCACAUUCAAGAACAAAUUGGUUAAAGAUCUCAAUAACAUUGAUUUUGCAUACAUGUAUGAGACUAAGGUCUGGAACAAGCUGAUCUCACUUAAAAUUGGUUCAGAAGAAUUCACCCAAUAUUGGAGAAAAACAUUCUUGAAUGAUUUUGAAGGAAAACUCAAACAGGAAACAUCCAUGCAUCAAAUUGAAAUAUAUAUCAAUAAGAUUGAGGAAGUGAGCAGGACGCUGCCAUUCUUGGAGAACUCAUUGGAGAAAUGCGCUUUGGAAGCAGUCACAGUCAUUUGUCAGGGGAUCUCUCAGGAGGCUCUCUUUGAACGGUUGAAAAAACUUGACUUUAGCAAGUUUGAGAGGCUAAUAUCUACUAUUGUGAUGAAGUCCUGGCCCAAGACUGGCGAUGGAGAAUACCUGGAAGGGGAGGACUGUGUAGUGGACCAUCUUCUCAACUGGUCCAUGGCCAAAAGUGUCUUUCAAGUCCAAGGUGAAAAUCUGAAAAUGAUUGACCAUUUGUCAGACGAUGCUAAAGAGCGGAUGGUUGUGGCAAGCUCUGCGUUCAGUUCUGUCUCAGAUAAAGUCAUCAACGGCAACAUCCAGAUGAAGACUCUCAGUAAAGUCCUCUCAAGGAGAACAACAUUCAUUGAGCUUUUGAAGAUAGAUGGCCUGUGUGAAGAUGGUCGUUGUAAGGACGACACCACUAUGAACAGAUUACUGAGAUUUAGAGAAGAAGAAAUGGAGAAUGUGAACAGUUACAAGAAGAUGAUUGAAGGCCUAGUUAUAAUUUGUCUCCGACUCCAGGAGCAUCUGAAAGUCGAUGUGAAAGAGCUGGAGCUCAAAAACCAAAAGAACAUAGAUCAGAUGACGCUGGAUGAAUUCAUGGAAGUUCACAGACUUGACGGGCACACCUCUGACGUAACUGGGGAGGUUACAUACUUUAACCUCUGUAAUGCCACCAGGCAGAUGGCAUUUAAACUAAACGCUGUCAGGGAAAGCUUAAUUUUUGCUAUGUGCUUGGAGUAUCAAGCCAAAGAACUUUCCCACAAACAUAUUGACACUGACGAGAUUGAGGUGUACACUCUUGAUGUGAUCCACAGCAAAAUAUUCCAGGGUUGCUAUGAUAAUUACAAGAGGAUCUAUGAGAGUUUGAAAUCUGGCACUUUAUCAUUGGAGGAUGUGGAUAGCAUCUUUGAAGUCUACAAAGAUAAGUACGAUGAGAUGCAAAAUGAUCUGGAGAUCAUGUGCAGAAUCAACUUGUCUGAUGAUCGAAGAUGGAUCAGGAGGCGAAUCAAGCAGAUCCAACAGUACCAUGACCUUCAUCAAGCAAUGGAUUCAGCCAAGGUCAUUAUGGAUGUCAGAGAGACAAUCUGUCCUCAAGGGGACUUCAAAGUGCUACAGAGUUUGCUGGAUGUGAGUAAUGCAGACUUUAAGGAGAAGAGUCUGAAUCACAUUGAUGACAAUUUGAUGGAGACUAAAAAGGUUCUUGAGGACAUCACAGAACCUCGCAGACUGUGUCUUCAGGAGCUUGGCCUUUGGGGGAACUUUGUCAAAUGGGUCAAAGAAGCUCUUGAAGAUAUCAAUGAGCUGAAGGUGUUUGUCGACCUGGCCUCCAUCUCUGCUGGAGAGAACGACUUGGAUGUGGACCGUGUAGCCUGUUUCCAUGACGCUGUUCUUGGUUACUCCUCGAUGCUGUAUGGGUUACCCCAAAAUGCUGACUUUAAUGCCUUCAAGGAGGCUUUGACAAAACUAUGGAAGGCACUUGGAAGUGACAGCAACAUACCAAAUAAGCUGCGGGAUACUGCACGCCAUUUGGACUGGUUGAAAACUGUGAAGAACAGCCAUGGGUCUGUGGAACUCUCUUCACUUUCUCUGGCCACGUCCAUCAACACAAGAGGCAUCUAUGUUAUUGGUGCACAUAACCAGAAGAAGCUGAGUUUAGACACUGCCCUGAAGCUACAGGUUCCGGGGGAGCAAAGCCAGAGUGAGGUGGAUCACUUUACUGAGGUUUUUGACAGUGUCCAGAGGCUAGCUGUAGCAUUUGUAGAUCUUUAUGCUGCUGGGAACCCACUUUUUAGGGUUUGGGAGGCCAAGAUUCACUGCAAUAUGGAAAGUGACACUGGUGUCACAAUGGACUUCAACCUUGGCAACAUCCUACGAAAGAUCAUGGUGGAGGGCAAUGCAGUCAAACAGCUUACAGACCUGUGCAGGAAGAUAGAGAUGUGUUUGGAUGACUGGAAUAGAUUCAUGGACAAACAGAGAUAUCAGCACUAUUACCUCAACUAUUACACAGCAGAGCAGAUAGUCUACCUUUGUAAUGUUUUGACCGAAAAUAAUCUGAACAAUAAAUUGGAGGAAAGCGUCUUGAUGAUGCUCUCUUUCAUCAAACCUGACUGCUCUGUGUCAGAAGUGUGGGAGUCAUGGAUGACUUUUCAGAACCACACCAUGAAUACAGCUGGGCAAGAGGAAGACACAAGUUGUCAGACUUUUAUUAACCUUCAAAGUGACAUGGAAAACUUAGAUUCCUCUUUUGCAGGAGACAGCAAAUGUACCAUUGAUGUUCUACAGAGUGUUGUAGACCAGGCUGUUGGUUUGCGAAAACUGGAUCUGGUCUGGGAUGCCUACAUGAAAGACAUGAGGAACAUUAUCCAGUACUCUUUAGACAUCAGAAGCCUAGGCAGUCUGCUAGAGGUGUUAGCCAACAAACAAAACCAGGAACAAGAGGAGGAAGAGGAGCUUUUAGAAACAAGUGAGAAUACAGUCAGUAGAAAGCUCCCGAAAGGCUUCUUCACUGGGCAACCUAAUCUCAUUAUCUGCCCACAAGAUAAAAUCUUGACUGUAAGCGUCUGUUUAUAUAUGACCAGUGAUGAUGAGCAGCUGCCGACUUACGAUGAAGUUCUCCUGUGUACCCCUGCCACGUCAUAUGAGCAAGUGGAGCUUUUCUUCAGACGAUGUCUCACACCGGGCUACAUGGGUGAGAAGAUCUAUGCCUUGCUCUUCGCAGACCAGUUGAGCUAUGAGGUGAGCUAUGCAGUGGAGAAGUUCUUUCAGAAACUGAGUUCAUGCUUUCGGAGCAACUAUAGGCUGGUGAUCAUCUGCAGCGCAGAAAGAGAGCACAACUACAUUCCCUCUGCCUUCAGUCACUUCAAACGGGACAUUGUCCCUCAGGAGUCUCCUGGACGGAUACAGAAAUACCUGUCCCGGCACUACACUGUCCCCUCACACCAGGCCAGUGCUGCAUCUGUGUUCAAAGGUAGACACUUUGUUGGGAUUGUGUCUUCCAAGAGGGCUGGAGUUGGAAAAUCUCUGUACAUACAAAGGUUGUAUGAUAAACUGGAGGGAACCAUGAGAAUAGGAACCACAUUCCACAAAUGCAUUCGCUUAAUUGAGCCCAAGGUUGAUGAGCAUAUCAUUCUUCGGUCCUUGUUUGACACACCAGAGAAGAAGGAACACAAAGUCUUUCAUUUUGAUGUCACAUCCUCAGUACAGAAAGGACUGCAUGAAUUUCUGUUCAAACUGUUCUUCCUGCGUUACCUGGCCGAUUCGGAUGGGCUAAUGUGGAAAUGCAGCAGCAAGGACUUGUAUGUCAUCGAGACACUACAAUCCACACAUGAACUGCCCAGAUCUGCCUCAAGACCUGAUCCGAUGGGACACGUUCCUCUCUUUGAGGUCUUUCCAAAGGUCUUCUGCCGUCCCCCAAAAGAGGUUAUGUGGUUGGAAAUGAGAAAUAGAGAUGAUCCUGAGCUGAAAAGUGAAGACCCACUCAUGGAUGACCAGUGUUUUAGGAGUGAGGCCUUUCAAAGACCAUACCAGUAUUUAACACGGUUCCAUAGGGGUGAGAAUCUUGACAGCUUCACCUACCAAAGAGUUGAAGGAACUCAUGCAGAGUGCCUUCAAAUGCUCUUCAUCUACUGUGGCAUAAGUGAUCCGUCCUGGGCAGAGCUGAGGAACUUUGCCUGGUUCCUCAAUCUUCAGUUGCUGGACUGUGAGACAUCGGCCUUCUGCAACUUUCAGUUCAUUGGAGACACUCUUAGGGGAUUCAGAAACUUUGUGGUUGACUUCAUGAUCUUGAUGGCCAAGGACUUUGCCACUCCAUCUCUCUGCAUCACUGACCAGAGCCAUGGGAGGCAGCAGAUGGACCUCAAUGGACUCAACGAAAGGGAUCUAGCCCCGUUCCUCAUUCGAAAGAGAUGGGAAUCAGAACCGCAUCCAUAUAUCUUCUUCAAUGAUGACCAUGCAUCCAUGACCUUCAUUGGAUUUCACCUACGGGAGAACAAGAAGAAUGGGGUUGAUGCCAUUAAUCCAUCAACAAAUGUGGUGAUCAAGAGAAACAUUAUGACCAAAGAUCUGUACAAUGGCCUCAGACGUCAAAGAGUUCCAUUUAACAUUGACUUUGACCAACUUUCUCGGGCAGAUAAGAUUGUGCGUCUAUGUAGCGUGCUGGGGAUCAAGUGGCCAACAGACCCUGAUGAAACAUAUGAACUCACCACCGACAACAUACUGAAGAUGAUGGCAAUUCAUAUGAGGUUCAGAUGUGGCAUUCCAGUCAUCAUAAUGGGGGAGACUGGUUGUGGGAAGACACGACUCAUCAAGUUCCUGUGUGAGUUGAGAAGGAGUGGAGCGCCCACCGAGAACAUGAAACUGGUCAAAGUUCACGGAGGAACUACAUCUGACAUGAUCUACACCAAAGUGCACGAGGCAGAGGCUGUUGCGGUUGCCAAUAAGGAGAAACAUGGUUUUGGUUCUGUUCUUUUCCUUGAUGAAGCUAAUACCACGGAAGCUAUAAGCAGCAUUAAGGAGAUCCUGUGUGACAACACUGUGCAAGGACAACAACUUGGCUACCAAACUGGACUGCAGAUCAUUGCUGCAUGCAACCCUUACAGGAAACACACAGAUGAGAUGAUCAAGAGGCUGGAGAAAGCUGGUUUGGGUUACAGGGUUCGAGCUGAUGAGACUGAGGAAAGACUUGGAUCAAUCCCUCUUCGGCAGCUGGUGUAUAGGGUCCAAGUUCUGCCCCCGAGCAUGAUUCCUCUGGUGUGGGACUUUGGACAACUCAAUGACCACACAGAGAAAAUGUACAUCCAGCAGAUUGUGCAGAGAGUUGUGGGAAAAAAUUCAAUCAAACGAGUAUCCAUCAAGUUGAUCACUGAUGUACUGUCGUCAUCGCAGAGAUUUAUGCGACAGAGGAAAGACGAAUGCAGCUUUGUCAGUCUCAGGGAUGUGGAGCGCUGCAUGCAAGUUUUUGUGUGGUUCUACAAGAACCACUCAAUGUUUUCUGAAGAGUUAAGGGCGCUCUUCCAGAAACAAUCCCGGGGGGAGAGGAACAGGUGUGGACAGGUACCCCCACCUGCUAGUGAUCCAGUUGAUUGGUCGCUGUUGAUGGCUGUUGGUGUGUGUUAUCAAGCCUGUUUAGAGACAAAAGGUGAGUACCAGAAAGAAAUCUGCAAAUUCUUUCCCCGUGUCCUCCCCCAAAAAAUGAAGCAGGAAAUCUCACUCAUGCAGGAUCUUCUCCUAAGUGGGGUCCCAAUGGGAGAGACAAUAGCAAGAAACAAGGCUUUGAAAGAGAAUGUCUUCAUGAUGGUGAUCUGCAUUGAGCUACGAAUCCCCCUGUUUUUGGUUGGCAAGCCUGGGAGCUCCAAAUCUCUGUCCAAAACUCUGGUUGCAGAUGCCAUGCAGGGCCAAGCUGCACAUUCCGAGCUGUACAAAAGGCUGAAACAGGUUCACCUGGUGUCCUUCCAGUGCAGCCCUCACUCCACGCCAGAGGGAAUCAUCAACACAUUCAAGCAAUGUGCCCGUUUCCAAGAGAGCAAGAAUUUGGAGGAGUACAUCUCUGUUGUUGUGCUAGAUGAGAUCGGAUUAGCAGAAGACUCCCCCAAAAUGCCUCUGAAAACACUGCACCCCUUACUGGAGGAAGGCUGCAUUGAUGACGAGCCAUUGCCCCAUAAGAGGGUUGGAUUCAUUGGUAUCUCCAAUUGGGCCUUGGACCCUGCUAAGAUGAACAGAGGCCUCUUUGUGUCCCGUGGUGACCCAGACCAGAAUGAGCUAUUCGAAAGUGCGAAAGGCAUAUGCUCAUCUGACAAGAUGAUUCUGGAGAAGGUUAAGCACCUCUUCAAACCCUUUGCCAAAGCAUAUAUGAAGACUUGCAAGAAAGGCAAAGGGUUUUUCGGCUUACGUGAUUACUACAGUCUGGUCAAGAUGAUGUUUGCCAUCACCAAGAUCUCUAAGCAGAGCCCUGGUGUGAACCAAAUCAUUGAAGCAGUCCUGAGGAACUUCAGUGGAAGGGAUGAUGUGGAUGCGGUGUAUAUAUUCACCAAACAGCUGUGGGGCAAAUCGAAUAAACCUGAUUUGGAUGGGAUCAGCACUAUUGAUCUGGUGAAACAAAACAUAAUUCCAGUUUGCCAAGACGAGGAGUGCCGAUACCUUCUUGUCCUCACCAAAAACUAUGCCGCCCUCCAGAUUCUCCAGCAGACAUUCUUCUCAGACCAGAGCCAUCCAGAGAUCAUCUUUGGUUCCAGCUUCCCAAAGGAUCAAGAGUACACACAGAUCUGCAGAAAUAUCAACAGAGUGAAGAUCUGCAUGGAAACUGGCCAGACUGUUGUGCUUCUGAACCUUCAGAAUCUGUACGAAAGUCUCUAUGACGCUCUCAACCAAUACUAUGUUUCACUUGGGGGUCAGAAGUAUGUCGAUCUUGGAUUGGGAACCCAUCGUGUGAAGUGCAGAGUUCACAAACAUUUCAGGCUUAUUGUCAUUGAAGAGAAGGAGGUGGUCUACACACAGUUCCCGAUUCCCUUGAUAAACAGACUGGAGAAGCACUACCUGGACAUCAACACUGUCCUCAAGAAUGAAGGGAAGGAGAUUGCCAAACAACUUCAGGAAUGGGUCAAAGUGUUUGUCUCUUUGAAAAGCCAGCAAUCCAAGACAAACAGAUAUCUUCCAACUGAUGUCUUCAUUGGCUACCACUCAGACACAUGCUCCUCUGUAGUCCUUCUGGUUAAAGAGAAGAUGAAAGAUGAAUCUGACAUUUCUGACCCUCAAAGAAGAGUCCUGGAUGAAGCCAAGUUCAUCAUGCUGAACUGUGCCACUCCAGAUUCUGUCAUUCGUCUGGAUGGGACCAAAUUGUCUGAUGUUGAGACAGAGAAACUUACACAAAUAUAUUUUGAUGAGCAGAAGCACAAAUCCCUGGCUGACUUCAUUGCAUCUCACACACGGCUGGAGGAAUGGUGCCAUGCCCACUUUACAGAGGUCACAACGUUUUCCCGGCAAUUGACAGCAGGAGAUAUAAAACAGCUCCAGAAUAUCACAGAGCUUUGCGACAUCAAGCUGCUCUCACUGCAACAGUUUGACACAGAGCACUCAUUCCUCAAAGAAAUCAGACAAUUUCUUGACUCUACCUCUGCCGACAAAGUCCUCAUCAUCCAAACUGACUAUGAUGGGGCUUCCCAGAGCAUGAACAUUCUUGCAUCUGCCAAGUAUUCAUCCAUAAAUGAAAUCAACAAACCAAAAGCUAAUGGUGGCAAUGGAAGGGUGUUUGUGUACUUUGUUACCAAACUGCCUCGAAUUGAAGGUGGAACCUCCUAUGUUGGAUUCCAUGGAGGACCCUGGAAAUCAGUUCACAUUGAUGACCUUAGAAGAUCCAAAGAGUUUGUAUCAGAUGUCCAGUUCUUGAGAAACAUACCCAUCAGCCAGCUGUUUGAGGAAAUCAAAGAGCCCUGUUAUGCAAUGCAAACCGAUACAGACACAGACUUCCAACCACCUGCACCAGAGCACUCUGCUGUGUUUGAAGUCACAGAUCUAGUGCGAAGCUGUGUGCAGAGUGCAGUAAGCAUGCUCAGAGAUCAGGAGGACAGUGGAGCUCUCAGCACCAGGAGGGUGGAGAUCCUGCUUACACUUAUGGAAGAUAGUGAGGACCUGAAAGCUGUGUUCCUGAAAACCCUGAGGAGCCGCCUUCACUCUCUUCUGGAGAACCACGAGAGAAACAUCCCCUCUCCCAAGUACUGGGUGUUAACAGAGGCAUCCAACAUCAACGCUCUUCAAGAGGGGGGAACUUUCACACAAACUCUGUGGAAGAAAAUCCAAGCAGUGGUCACACCCGUUUUGGCUCAGUUGGUCUCAGUUAUCGACAGGGACUGUAAUCUGGACCUCCUCCUAGACGUCAACUGUGGGGAAGAAGUCAAGAAACUGUGGCUGGAGAUAUUCGGCAACAACGAGAUGCUUGAUAUUCCUCUUGUCAAAGUGGAUUCCAAUUCUGAGUCUAAGACCAUUCUGGUACAGAGCCAUAUCACAGCUGAGAGGACCAUGCGCUCCAGUAUGCCCUUCAGCUGGAGGAUCAGAGAUAUCCUGGAUGAACUAAUGAUGCAAACUCAGCAGUACGAAAGACACAGUCCGAGGCAGUUCGAGGAAUUCUUUCCGAAAAUCCCCCUUGGUCAGUACAUGGCUACGAUGGAUGAAAAAAUGCAGAGGGAAUUUUUUCAAAGGUACCUGCAGGAUUUCAUUGCCAUGACGAUGAAAGUGUCUUCAGCGGGGGAGUUAAAGCUUCUGUGUGACGCCCUGAACAGCUGUGUGAAUGAGCUCCGGAGGCGACGAAAAGCUCCAAGUGAAGAGAUUCCAUCCAUACCCCUGAUCCACUCGGCCUACCACAUGUACCGCACCCGCCUUCAGAACCUGUCCAGGAUGAUGUCCCUGCAGCCACAGGUGGCCCUUCACUUGCAGCGAAACCCACAAGUGAAGGAUAGCCCAGUGAUGGUUCUGGACAUGUACGCAGCAGUUGCCUGUGUUGAGCAGCUGGGGCCUCCUGCGUUGGACUCUAAUACCCAGUGCCAAGACUGGCUGACGCAGGUGAAAAGACUGCAGGGGUCUAUGGAGCUGGUCUGCUCCCAAGGAAGCCUGAGGCAGUAUGGAGAGAGGAGCCAGGAAAUGUUGAACUAUAUCCGUAAUAAUUGGAACCACAUCUGCAUCCUCUCUCUGUUUGUGGAACACAUGCUGCUCGGCUUUGAGUUUGAGGAGAGGGAGCUCAAGCCUCUGGUCCUUGAUCACACUCGUACCUUAGGCAAAAUUCUGUCAAAACAUUCAGACGUCAAAUCUGAGGAACCCUUUGCAGCCGUCAUUAAAAUACUGAAGUCAUGCAAGAAAGGAGCAAGUGAUCUUAUUUGCAAGUUUGAUCUCCAGUGCCCUGUGUGUAUGGGGGAACCAGAGAACCCCGUGGACCUGCCCUGUCACCAUAUAUUCUGUCUGACCUGUGUCAGAAGACGUGUCAACGUGGGCCAGAUGUACUGCCCCAUGUGCAAACAGGAACUCCCAGAUGACUUUGAGGUGAAAGUGUCUGAAGACGUACGAGCUUCCAUCACCCUAAAUGGCCAGUUCAGACGGAGUUGCAGUGCGUUUUUCAUAAACCUCGUCACUACUGUGUGCUUCAAGGACAACAUCCCCCCAUCAAAGGGUGUCAUUCUGCAGCUGUUGUCCUUCCUCAUGGUCGAGACAGACCCGAUUCCACUCAUCAGAGCACACAGUCAAAUACACACCAAAGAUUUCUCACCAUUCGAUGAGUCUCUGGACAAAAAUCCUGUGGUGAGAUCAGUGAUACUCAAACUCCUGCUCAAGUACAGCUUUGAUGAAGUCAAGGAAUAUCUGCAGCAGCAUUUGACAUCGAUAGAAGAGAGCAACAUUGUCGAUGCAGAAGAUAAAAACGAACUGUAUGCGUUGUACAUUAACUGCCUUGAGGACUCAUUGUUGGAAAGAAUGCCACAAGAAAACACCUGCCUUCAGGAAGAGACUGAGUUCUUGCAUCACUUCCUGGACUCUGUCACUGACUCGGCUGAGACGGUCACAAUAGAGUACCUGCAGCAGAUCGCUAGGGUCCGCCUGUGCCUGGGCAAGGCUGCACACCUUCUCCAUAGCAUGCUGUCUGGGGUAUGUGCAAGUCCUCAGGAUGUGGUUGAGGAGUUUCUUCGUGCUGUUAGGAACCUGUGUGAGAGGAGUGUGAACGACUGGUACCGGGUCUACCUGAUCCGCAACAUCAGCAGACAGCAGGGUGUAGAGUGUGUCCAGGGGAUGCUGAAGGAAGCCGAGUACAGGUGGCUUUUCCCUGAAGAGAUACAUCAACAGAAUGAAGAUGGUGGGCAGAUGGACCAGUAUCUGGUCUAUGGAGAGCAAUACCUGGCUGUACAGGAUGCUGUUGCCAAAGCAGUAUUAGAGGGCACUGUGGGGGACAUAGAGAAGAAGUGUGAGAGAUGUACUGCACCUCCAAAGAGGCGGACCUUGUAUAUCCUGCUGGCUCUUUUCAGAGAAGUCACCAGUCUGUACCGAGCAGCCAACACAGGCCUCCACCCCAGCCCUAAGAAAUGCCAAGAACUUGAGUACUUCAUCCAGGGUUCAAGGUACCUAGAUCCCAAGCCAGUGAGGGACUUUGCCAUGGCAUUGGUGCAGAACAGGAUGGGAGAACUGAAUGUCCAUAAUGGCCGUACCGGUGCAGAGCACGUCCUUAUAGAGCUGGCUGUCCACCUGGCCGCUGUGCUGCUCACUGGGACAGAAGGGGUGCUUACACCUCUUCAGCAGCUUGGCCUGACUCCUAACAACAUGCGGAGAGCCUUCAUACCCACGAUGCCUGAAGACAUGCUGGCUAUGGCCCAAAGGGUUUUAACACAGACUGGAGGCCUUCAAGCACUCACCUGGUAUUCCUGUCCUGAAGGACACCCUUGUGCUGUUGGUGAGUGUGGUCGCCCCACCCAGCUGGCACGCUGUCUAGAGUGUGGGGCGGUAGUUGGAGGGAAGAACCAUGCUCCUGUGAGAGGUUUCAGUGCUAUGGGACUGCAGCGGGGAGAUCUGACAAGGACUGGUCACAUCCUAGGAAAUCCUCAGAGGAGGGACAACCCAGACUCCCAGGACACCAAAAACAUGUCCCUCACCCCCUUCACCCUCGUCAGGCUGCUCACCCAUCUAGCCAUGCUGCUAGGGGCCUCAGAGCACCCACAGUCCGUCCAGCAGAUCAUCCAGCCCUCAGUUGCUGACCCCUGUGGAUUUCUGAUCCUUCACCUGCUAAAGGAUAUGGAUCAUGUGACCAAAGCCCUGGGGAAGGGAACAGAUGGCACGGUCACCACCAUCCACCUGAUAAUCAGAUCCAUCCUGGAGUCACCACAGACCAAUCCAUGGAUGGCUAGCUAUGAUUCCCAACUGUCAACUAAAGAGGCCAGAAAUACCUGGGAGACAACCGUUGCUACUGACAUCAUCACUCCUCAGUUGAAGCAUCUUGACCAGCGGCUGAGAGAGGUGAAUGCCACAAUCAGAAAUGACUCGCGUGUCUCCUCUAACUUCAUCAUGAGGGUGACAUUCGGGGAUGAGUGUCCGUUGUCCUUGCUACCUCGGGGCUCCCAGGUCCACUGUUCAGGAGUGUGGAGCAGCAGAGAGAGGGUGUCCCUACUCAGCCUCACCCACAUCGUAGAGCAGAACGACGGAAAGGACAAGCUCCCUCUACUAUGGAGGUUCCUACAGAAGGAGGCAGAGUUCCGGCUGGUAAGGUUCCUUCCAGAUAUCCUGGCCCUGCAGAAGAGUCUGGUGAAAAGGUUCCAGAGGUCAUCAGAUUUGAUGAAUGACUCCAUUAGAGAGUUCAUCCAGAAACAGUCAGCACCGAUGAGAGUGUGUUAUGAGAAACGAAUCCAGAUCUUCCUGAAUACAUGGAACUUGCUCAGAUUGUCAGUAGCCACCAGUGAAAUAAAGAUCCCAGAAGAGUUCUGUAAGGAGAAUUUGGACCAGGACAGUGACCUCCAAUACCUCCUGCCACGGCGCCAGGGUCCAGGCCUGUGUUCCACCGCUCUGCUCAGUCACCUGGUGGCCCUGCACAAUGAGCUGCUUCACGCUGUGGACCGCCACACUGGGGAAGACACCAGCUACAAGGUGAGUCUGUCAGAGCUGACAGAUCUGCAUGUGAUCCGCUAUGAAGUGGAGAAGGACCUGCUGCCCCUGGUGCUGUCAAACUGCCAGUACAGCCUGGAGCGUGGCAAGGAGACCCUGUCUGAGUACGACCUUCCCAAGAUCCAGCAGCAGGUCCUAACCCGCUUCCUGCAGGGCAAACCCCUCAUCACACUAACUGGAAUCCCCAUUUUGGUCACCAGACAUGAAAGAGAUUACGAAAGCAUUUUGAAAACAGUGAAAGGAAAAGUGCCUCAGGAGCGUCUGCCAUCCCUGACCCUCACAGCCCUGUCCAGGGAUCUGGAGUCGUACAGUGAGGUGUGUGAUGCCCUGAAGGCUAUGGAGCUGGCUCUGGGCUUCCUGUCCAUGACUGGGGGAGACACCCACAUGCCCUUGGUGCGUUACCUGGAGGACACACUCAGGAUGAGCGAGCAGACCGAACCACACUUCUUAAAGGCUCUGGGCAGAUGCAGUCUGAAGCACUGUGUGGCUCUGUGGCAGCUCCUCUCUUCCCUCAAAUCAGAGAACAUGCUGAAGAGUCUGAAGAGGGACCCAUUCUCUGGGGUCUCGGCUGAGUACCAGAAGCACCUGGAGGAGGAGCAGAAGAAGCUGCUCCAAGGUUUCAUCACCGUGGGGAACAUCAACACCUGGCUGCUGGAGAUGCACGAGUUCCUCCUGCUGAACCUGGGGAGCCCUCGUGCCUCGGAUACCUAUGGACCACACUGGAGUGUCAAAGAGACUUUGGCUGCAUACAUGGACCACAAAGAAGUACAAGUCCCUCCUGACGUGGAGGCUUCCUUCCCCGACGAGAUACUCCUCUCACAGAUUGUGGAGACCUGGAAAUUUACUGUGACUUACAAACAAGAAUGGAUGAUGUAAUCGAUUCCACCUGAACGUGAUUUGUAAAGGACUACACUAGAUCACCGGGGAAAUGUUAGAAUAGAACACAAGUGCUUCUGAUUGUAUGCUGUAUAGAUGUAUGUGCUUUCUCCAGUGAUCUCACAGUAUGUGCCACACUGACACACCAUACUUAGAUACUAAGAGGAUUUAGACCUGGUAUGUGGGGAAUCUUGCCUUUCUCCUUACAAAACCUGCCUUGAAUGCAACAUUUUCUCAGGAAAACAUUCCAAAUAUCAUUUUUUGCUCAGACUAUGGGGUUGGUUCAAUCCGUAUCGCUGAUGUUCAGGGCAAUAGCGCAAUUGAAUAUUAAAGGCAUUGUUACUGCGUUCACAGAGACAGCAUUCAUGUUAAACGCUGCAUAUGUCGGCUCAAUUGGAAAUGACCUUUACAUUUUAAGCGCGCCAUAGUGGUGGACUUCGGGUAAAUGGAUUGAAUCAAGCCUUAUUUAAACCAAACUGUGUUUACAGAAUGUUUUAUGCAAUCAUUUUUGUUACUAGAUGUUUAUUUUGUGGGAAAUAUUUUUGACAUUAUUUAAGAGACAAACUCCAGUGCAGUUUUUAUGUUUACCACAUGUUUAUGUUAUGCUCUUCUCUUUUACACAUUGUACUUUUAAAUGGGUUUAUAUUUUGGGAGAAUAUUGGUGGUUGGUGUUAUUUUAAAGUUAAUAUUUCCAAACAUUGAGUUCAGAUCAGUGCAAUAAGCAUCCGCUUGAGGGUGCUAUUGGCCCACAUUUUGUAAUUUACAGUCCUGAAGAUCUAAAAUCAAGUUUGUUAAAUACAUGACCUAAUAAUUUUAUCUGCCUGGUUUUAAUGUAUUCUGGUUGAAUAUGACUACAUUAUCUUCUUCCAUUUGUUUGAAAAAACGUGUCCAAAUCAUGGCAUCUUGAAAUAAAAGGGCUGGUGCUGUCAAGAGGGAUGUUUGUCACGUCUUUGCUGGUCAUAUACGCUAAAUGUACAGGCCUAGAUAAUACCCUCAUUUCACUAACUUGCCAUUGCCAAUGGGUCAUAUUUAAUUUAUUUGAAGGUUUGCUUAGAUAGCCUAUAACCUAUUUAAGCAGACCUUCAAAUUGUUGCCUAAGAUUUUAAUUAAUAAACUGUUAAUACAUGAUUACA